UUAAUCCGAUAUGGAAAAACUAAAGAAGACAUCAAGCGCCCAAACUGGCAGCUUGUUUUUGACGUAUCAAAGAGGUGUUUCUAUCAUUUCUACGCGGCGUCUGUCAUGUGGAAUGGGCUCCUCCUACUAUUCUCCAUACGUUCUGUCGUCAUGAAUGAGGCUCUCCCUGAUUGGCUAAUAGACGCGCUUUGGUGUUUGACUGGCAGACCAAGAGUUGCUUGGAAAGAGUUACAUCUCUCCAUUCUGCUUUUACAAGUGCUACUAUGGGUCCAUUCAUUAAGACGGCUACUGGAGUGCCUGUUUGUCAGCGUAUUUUCUAAUGGGUCUCUCUUUGAUCAGUUCACAUGGCAUCAUGUAAUCGGGACUCUUCUUUUCAUCUGGGCAUCAUUCCUCCAGAACCGGUCCCUCUCACUGCUGGCCAAGAUGAGGACUGACAGCUCAGGUAAAGUAGAGACCCUGGCCCACAAGAUGCCAUGCGGGGGCUGGUUUGAGCUGGUCUCUUGUCCACAUUACUUGGCUGAGCUUCUGAUUUAUGUUGCCAUGAGUGUUUGUUGUGGCUGCAGUUCUCUAACCUGGUGGCUGGUGGUACUGUAUGUACUCUGUAACCAGGCACUGGCUGCACAGCUCUGUCAUGAUUACUACAGGAGCAAGUUUGAGAUGUAUCCACGUCAACGCAAAGCUUUUAUUCCUUUUGUCCUGUGAUUUUUGUGUAAUAAGCUCUUUUAUAUGGAGAUAAGAAUCAAAUUAAUAAACUAUUAACUAAACAAAAACAUAGAUAAUCUUAAUGUCGCUCUUUUAAAUGGGAACAGCUGACACAUUGAUCAUGCAUGUUUAAUGUGUAAGGAACAGGGCAAGGAGGGAAAUACACACAACAUGACCGAAAUGUACUG